AUUUUUUCCCCCUUUUUUCUUCUCCCUUUCUCCCUCUCCCUCUCCCUCUCCCUCCUUCAUCCUCUCCGUGAAAGCCCUUCGAAGGGGAGAAGAAACCCUAACUCUGGCUCUAACCUAGCGCGCGAAACCCCUUCAACGGAAAUCAAUCGACUUUCUCCACGGGAGGGGGGAAGCACGAGGGAGCUAGGGUUUCCUUCCUUUCCCCCCACGAUGGCCGCGCAGCCCGUCGUCCCCAACCUCUACGAGACUGCGUCCCAGCCCGACACAGGCGACGCUUACACCUUCCUAGAAUUCAACACGCAAGGCGACGACUACGACUACGAAUUCAGGGAGCUCAGCCAGCCGAUCAGGUCGACCGUGUGGUCUCCCGACAACUCGCACCUCCCUACCACCGGUGCCGCGGCCGCCAACGAGUCGAACGACCGCGAUCUGCCUGCGGAUACGGCGUCUGCCAACGCGGCCGCGUCGUCUCCCAGGCCUACUGGGACGAAAGGCCGGUCGAACCAGGGCGUGGCAGAUGCCUUGGCUGCAGGUAUCGGUGGGCUGAGCUUCGAGGAGACUGGGGACGAGGAGGGAUUUGAGUUUGGCAAGGGUGGGGAUUUCACUGAGCAUGCGUGCCGGUAUUGCGGGGUGCAGAACCCUGCUUGCGUCGUCCGCUGUAACGUCCCGUCCUGCCGCAAGUGGUUCUGCAAUUCAAGGGGCAACACGUCCGGGUCUCAUAUUGUUAAUCAUCUGGUUCGAGCCAAACACAAAGAAGUAUGCCUUCACAAAGACAGCCCUCUUGGAGAAACCAUCCUUGAAUGCUAUAACUGUGGUUGUAGAAAUGUGUUCCUUUUAGGGUUCAUUUCUGCUAAGACGGAGAGCGUUGUGGUUCUAUUGUGUAGGGAGCCCUGCCUGAACGUUAAUGCACUGAAAGAUAUGAAUUGGGAUCUGAGUCAGUGGUGCCCACUUAUUGAUGAUAGAUGCUUCCUUCCAUGGCUUGUCAAGGUUCCAUCUGAGCAAGAGCAGUUGAGAGCACGUCAAAUCAGUGCUCAACAAAUAAACAAGGUUGAAGAACUUUGGAAAACAAAUCCCGAUGCUUCUCUUGAAGAUCUUGAGAAACCUGGUGUAGAUGAUGAGCCUCAACCUGUGGCCCUUAAGUAUGAAGAUGCUUACCAGUAUCAAAAUGUUUUUGCUCCACUCGUGAAGUUGGAGGCAGAUUAUGAUAAAAUGAUGAAAGAGUCACAAAGUAAGGACAAUGUAUCCAUUCGUUGGGAUAUUGGCCUUAACAAGAAGCGGAUUGCGUACUUUAUCUUCCCAAAGGAAGACAAUGAGCUGCGCUUGGUACCAGGUGAUGAGUUGCGGCUACGAUAUUCAGGUGAUGCAGCCCAUCCUGCUUGGCAGUCUGUUGGACAUGUGAUCAAGCUCACUGCACAAGAGGAAGUUGCUCUUGAACUUCGUGCUAGUCAGGGGGUUCCUGUUGAUGUCAAUCAUGGAUUUAGUGUGGAUUUUGUCUGGAAAAGCACUAGCUUUGAUCGCAUGCAGGGAGCAAUGAAGACUUUUGCUGUUGAUGAAACAAGUGUUAGUGGGUACAUAUACCAUCAUUUGCUGGGCCAUGAAGUUGAGGCUCAGGUGGUUCGUAACACGUUGCCUCGUCGUUUUGGUGCUCCAGGCCUUCCAGACCUAAAUGCUUCACAGGUUUUUGCUGUUAAGAGUGUUCUGCAGAAGCCUAUCAGCUUGAUACAAGGUCCUCCUGGUACAGGAAAGACUGUUACUUCUGCAGCUAUUGUAUAUCACAUGGCCAAACAAGGACAGGGCCAGGUCUUGGUUUGUGCACCAAGUAAUGUUGCAGUUGAUCAGCUUGCUGAGAAGAUAAGUACAACUGGUUUGAAGGUUGUUAGACUCUGUGCCAAAUCAAGGGAAGCUGUUAGCUCACCUGUUGAACAUCUGACACUACAUUAUCAGGUUCGACACCUUGAUACGUCAGAAAAAAGUGAGCUUCACAAGCUUCAGCAAUUGAAAGAUGAACAAGGUGAGCUUUCCAGCAGUGAUGAGAAAAAGUAUAAGGCUCUUAAAAGGGCAACAGAAAGGGAGAUAACACAGAGUGCAGAUGUCAUUUGUUGCACUUGUGUUGGUGCUGGGGAUCCACGCUUAGCAAAUUUUAGGUUUCGGCAGGUUCUUAUUGAUGAGUCUACUCAGGCAACAGAACCAGAGUGUCUUAUUCCUCUUGUUCUUGGUGUUAAGCAGGUUGUUCUUGUCGGAGAUCAUUGCCAGCUUGGUCCGGUAAUUAUGUGCAAGAAGGCAGCUCGUGCUGGUCUUGCACAAUCACUUUUUGAGCGCCUUGUGCUGCUGGGUGUGAAGCCUUUUAGGUUACAGGUUCAAUAUCGUAUGCACCCAUCACUGUCAGAAUUUCCCUCAAACAGCUUUUAUGAAGGUACCCUCCAAAACGGGGUGACUAUUAAUGAGAGGCAGUCACCUGGUAUUGAUUUUCCAUGGCCUGUUCCAAACCGUCCAAUGUUUUUCUAUGUCCAGAUGGGCCAAGAAGAAAUCAGUGCAAGUGGAACAUCCUACCUGAACAGGACUGAGGCUGCAAAUGUAGAAAAGAUUGUUACUACAUUUUUGAGGAGCGGAGUGGUUCCAAGCCAGAUUGGAGUCAUAACACCUUAUGAAGGGCAACGAGCAUACAUUGUGAAUCACAUGUCAAGAAAUGGAGCUCUUAGACAGCAGCUAUACAAAGAAAUUGAGGUUGCUAGUGUUGAUUCUUUCCAAGGAAGAGAGAAGGAUUACAUAAUACUCUCCUGUGUUAGGAGCAAUGAGCAUCAGGGCAUUGGGUUCCUGAAUGAUCCACGUAGAUUAAAUGUAGCUCUUACCCGAGCUCGUUAUGGAAUUGUGAUAUUGGGAAAUCCUAAAGUUUUGAGCAAACAACCACUUUGGAACAGCUUAUUGACACAUUAUAAGGAGCAUGAAUGUUUGGUGGAAGGCCCGUUAAAUAAUCUGAAGCAAAGUAUGGUUCAGUUCCAGAAGCCAAAGAAGAUCUAUAAUGAUCGCAGACUUGUCUUUGGUGGGCCAGCAGCUGUUCCUGGUGAUAGUUUUCCCCCUGUUGGAUCUGCAAGCACCAAUGCUGACAAAAGGGGGCCUCGUAGCAAAGGCCAUUCGUAUAUGCCUUUUGGUCCACCAAAUGGAAACCAUAAGCCUGGCGUUCAUCCUGGGGGAUUUCCUGUUCCCCGCCUCACGCUUCCCCCAUUUCCAGGUGGACCACAUACACAACCAUAUGCAAUUCCAACCCGUGGUGCAGUUCAUGGACCUGUUGGGGCUGUACCUCAGGUCCCUCAGUCUGGAAAUAGAGGUUUUGGUGCCGGACGUGGAAAUGCUGGCGGUCCUAUUGGCGGCCAUCUUUCUCACCAGCAAGGCUCGCAACAACCUCUUGGAAAUAUUGGAUCUUCAUUCAACUUUCCCCCUAUGGACAACCAAAAUAGUCAGCCUUCUGUUGGUGGGCCAUUAUCCCAGAGUGGAUUAUUAACCCAGAUACCACCAGUUCAAGGAAUAAAUCAGAACUUCCGUGAGGGAUUUUCUCUUGGUGGAAUGUCUCAGGAUUUCUUUGGGGACGAUUUCAAGAGUCAAGGAUCUCAUGUUGCUUACAAUGUUGCUGAUUUCUCAACUCAGGCUUCUCAAAGUGGAUAUGGUGUUGAUUACGUCACUCAAGGGACACAAGGUGGGUUUCCAGGGAGCUUCUUGAAUCAGAACACACAGGCUGGUUAUUCUCAUCUUGGAACUGCGAAUGACUUUAUUACUCAGGAUUACAUGCCUCAUGGAUCCCCAGGUCUUUUUACUCAAGUUGGCUUCACGGAUCCAUCUCAAGAUGAUUCCUCCCAAGCUCAAUUUGGGGUUGCUGGACCUGGUCCUCUCCAGUCUCAGGGGCUUAUGAAUCCUCUCUAUUCCCAGCCCUUCACGCAGUACAACAGCCAACCAGUAAACAUGCAAGCUCCACAGCAGGGCCAGACUGCCCAAAACCAGAAACUUCAUUACACUGGCUGAGCCAACAUGGGGCCUGACCAUGAGAUGGGUUAUAAUCUUUGAGAUCAGCAUUUUGGUUUUGCUGACAUGUCUGCUUCUUCGCAUUCAUGUGUCUGUGAUGCUGCUGUUGGAGUUCAUUUGCUUCCCUCAACCAGGAGUGGGCCAUAUGGGUGGAUGAAAGGCUCAGCAAUUCAAGAUUUGCAAAUGGAAAAGCGGUAAGCCACGGCGGGCACAGCCAGAGCUGAGAAAGAAUAACCCCACACCCAACUUGAAAGUUUUCUGUUGUUUUGAGAAUUAGCAAUGUGCGGAGGGGGGAGUGAGCAUGUUACAUGUAUAUGUAUACACCUGCAAUUCGAUCUCUUUGCGAGCUGAAGAUGGUCGGCUUUGAGGCUCGGGUACGUCAGGUGGAACAUGAGAGGCAGUGUACAAAUGCAGUGCUGAUGGGUUUUGCUGGUGGCCUUAAAAAGUUCCACACGCAGCCAUGACUGUUAAAGUUGUGUACAGUUGCAGUGGCAGGGCAGGCUGGCCCCAUUUGCUCGGCUUUUUACAAAACCUCAUACUCCCAUUGUGUUGGGUAAGAAAGUUAUUAGAAUGUGUAUUCUCGCUGCUCCUGCACUCCAUGGCACCAGCACCCGUUUUUUAACUGCUACAGUUUGUCAUAUAAUUAUAUAUGUUCAUAUAUUUUGGUUUUA